UUAAAUUUUAGCUACGAUGAUACAUUAAGCACCCAUCGACGUGCAUUACGUGAAGGUGAGUGGGCAUGUGUUGAUGCCAAAUGUGCAUAUAUAAACGCUGAUCGCGUUAGUAUAUGUGAACGUUGUGGCAAGAGUAAACCGCGUUCCAAAAAUCGAGUAGGACGUGAAAUUGGCAAAGAUGCAGCAGAAAAGUCUAAAGGAUUGUUUGCCGCUGAAGAUUGGGCAUGCACUAAGUGUGGGAACGUCAAUUGGGCUCGAAGAACAGCUUGUAAUAUAUGUAAUGCUCCAAAAUUAGGGGACUUGGAAGUACGGACUGGUUAUGGCGGUGGAUAUAUGGAUCGGCAGAAUGUUGAAUAUAUCGAGAGGGAAGAUAAUGAAGAGUUUGAUGAAUUUGGUCGCAAAAAGAAGCGUAGAAGAGUGGAAAAAAAUGAUGAAGUUGUUGAAGAAGAUGAUGAGGAAGAAGGAAAUGAUGCUGAUUUGGAUAAAUACGACUUGAGUGCUGACGAAUUUGAAGUUGAGGCUUUGAAAGCUAAAAUAGCGGCUGGGACAGACAGUCAGUCACGGUGCUCUUCAAAGUAUAGUUUAAAAUAUUCAGUCAUUGUUUUCGUUGUCCAAAAUAGCAAGAUGUACUUUGUUGUCUUGUUUGACUUUAAACUAUAA